CCCGGGAGCGGCGGCCUCUCCGGUGACAGAGGAGUAGCGAGCGGCACGGGGUGAAGCCGCAGCCAACUCCGCUCCGCGCGCACUCGGCUGCCCAGCGCCCGGGACGCAGCAGCGGCGCUUCUCCGCGGGGCCGACCGCCCGCGAUGCCCGCGUAGGAGCGUGCGGCCGCGGCCAGCCAGCACCGCCACGCCCGCCGCCCCGCGCGGCCCGAGUCGUGCGCCCCUGCCCCAGCGCGCACCCCGCCCCCCGCCCCGAAAUGACUUCUUAAUCGGCGCGGACGCCACUGAGGGGACUCACCGGAGUGGAAUCCGAGUGGAAUUUGGAUUUGCGGAAGAGUUUCUUGGACAUUUACCCUGCUCCUCGUUGGGUUUUUUGCUUCGGCUUGUUGGGUUUUCCUCCCUCCUUCUGGCUUCUUUCUUCUUCCCUCUCCCCCUCUCCGCCUGUCACUGGAGAUGAACACUGCACGCCUGCAUCCCAGAAAGUAGCCGCCGCGACUGGAGACGCCGGCACACAUGUAGGAAUGACAAAGGCGUGCGGAGGAGAGAGCGCAGCCCGCGGCCCGGAGAGAGCCCCUCGAUAAUGGAUUACUAAAUGGGAUGCGCGCCGUGCCAGCCUGCCCGAGCCCCGGCCGCCUGCCCGUCCAUGCACCGAAAAGGGUGAAGUAGAGGAGUCAAGCCUGCCCGCUGAACUACUAUGAGGUCAGAAGCCUUGCUGCUCUGUUUCACACUGCUGCACUUGGCGGGGGCCGGCUUCCCAGAGGAUUCUGAGCCAAUCAGUAUUUCGCAUGGCAACUAUACAAAACAGUAUCCGGUGUUUGUGGGCCACAAGCCAGGACGGAACAGCACACAGAGACACAGACUGGACAUCCAGAUGGUCAUGGUCUUGAACAGAACCCUCUACAUUGCCGCCAGGGACCAUAUUUAUACUGUUGAUAUAGACACAUCACACACAGAAGAAAUUUACUGUAGCAAAAAACUGACAUGGAAAUCUAGACAGGCUGAUGUAGACACGUGCAGAAUGAAGGGGAAACACAAGGACGAGUGCCACAACUUUAUCAAAGUCCUGCUCCGGAAGAACAAUGACACGCUGUUUGUGUGCGGAACGAACGCCUUCAACCCCUCCUGCAGAAACUACAAGAUAGAUACCUUGGAACCUUUUGGGGAUGAAUUUAGUGGGAUGGCCCGGUGCCCGUACGACGCAAAACAUGCCAACGUCGCCCUGUUUGCAGAUGGGAAGCUGUACUCGGCCACAGUGACCGACUUCCUGGCCAUCGACGCCGUCAUCUACCGGAGUCUGGGAGACAGCCCCACCCUGCGGACCGUGAAGCACGACUCCAAGUGGCUGAAAGAACCAUAUUUCGUGCAAGCGGUGGACCACGGAGACUACAUCUACUUCUUCUUCAGAGAGAUGGCCGUGGAGUACAACAGCAUGGGGAAGGUGGUGUUCCCCCGCGUGGCGCAGGUGUGCAAGAAUGACAUGGGUGGCUCCCAGCGGGUGCUGGAGAAGCAGUGGACGUCCUUCCUCAAGGCCCGCCUCAACUGCUCCGUGCCCGGCGACUCGCACUUCUACUUCAACAUCCUGCAGGCCGUGACCGACGUGAUCCGCAUCCACGGCCGUGACGUCGUCCUGGCAACCUUCUCCACACCUUACAACAGCAUCCCCGGCUCCGCGGUCUGUGCCUAUGACAUGGUGGACAUCGCCAACGUUUUCACCGGGAGAUUCAAGGAGCAGAAGUCCCCCGACUCCACCUGGACACCGGUUCCUGAUGAGCGAGUUCCCAAGCCCAGGCCAGGCUGCUGUGCAGGCUCCUCCUCCCUGGAGAAAUACGCCACGUCCAGUGAGUUCCCUGACGACACCUUGAACUUCAUCAAGACCCACCCGCUCAUGGACGAGGCCGUGCCCUCCAUCAUCCACAGGCCCUGGUUCCUGAGAACAAUGGUCAGAUACCGCCUGACCAAGAUCGCAGUGGACACGGCCGCGGGCCCCUACCAGAACCACACUGUGGUUUUCCUGGGAUCUGAGAAGGGAGUCAUCUUGAAGUUCUUGGCCAGGAUAGGAACCGGCGGCUUCCUAAAUGACAGCCUCUUCCUGGAGGAGAUGAGCGUCUACAACCCUGAGAAGUGCAGCUAUGACGGCGUGGAGGACCGGAGGAUCAUGGGUAUGCAGCUGGACCAGGCAAGCAGCUCUCUGUACGUUGCCUUCUCCACCUGCGUGAUAAAGGUGCCCCUCGGCCGGUGCGAGCGACACGGCAAGUGCAAAAAAACCUGCAUCGCCUCCAGAGACCCCUACUGUGGGUGGGUGAAAGAAGGAGGCUCCUGUGCACAUCUGUCACCCAGCAGCAGACUGACUUUCGAGCAGGACAUAGAGCGUGGCAACACCGACGGCCUGGGAGACUGUCACAAUUCCUUCGUGGCCCUGAACGACAUUUCAACUCCUCCACCAGAUCAUGAAAUGUCUUACAACACAGUGCAUGGGCGCUCCGGCUCCCCCCUGCCCAGCACCACAUCCGACGCGGCGGCUCGAGAGGGCCACGAGUCCAGGGCAGGGGUGCCCGACUGGACCGAGCUGCACCACCCACCCGGCAGCACGGACCCUUUGGGGCCAGUGUCUUCCCAUAACCACCAAGACAAGAAGGGAGUGAUCCGCGAGAGUUACCUCAAAGGCCACGACCAGCUGGUUCCCGUGACCCUCCUGGCCAUCGCCGUCAUCCUGGCGUUCGUCAUGGGAGCCGUGUUCUCGGGCAUCGUCGUCUACUGCGUGUGCGACCACCGGCGCAAGGACGCGGCCUCGGGGCAGCGCAGGGACAAGGAGCUGGCGCACUCCCGCCGCGCCUCCAUGAGCAGCGUCACCAAGCUCGGCGGCCUCUUCGGGGACUCCCAGGCCAAGGACCCGAAGCCCGAGGCCGUGCUCACGCCGCUGAUGCACAAUGGCAAGCUGGCCACGCCCAGCGGCACGGCCAAGGUGCUCAUCAAGGCGGACCAGCACCACCUGGACCUCACGGCCCUGCCCACCCCGGAGUCCACGCCCACGCUGCAGCACAAGAGGAAGCCGAGCCGGGGCAGCCGGGAGUGGGAGCGCAGCCAGAACCUCAUCAACGCCUGCACCAAGGACAUGGCGCCGCUGGGCUCGCCCGUGAUCCCCACGGACCUGCCGCUGCGGGCGUCGCCCAGCCACAUCCCCAGCGUGGUGGUGCUGCCCAUCACGGCGCAGCAGGGCUACCAGCACGAGUACGUGGAGCAGCCCAAGAUGGGCGAGGCGGUCCACAUGGCGCUGGAGGAGCAGGGCGCCACGCUGGAGUACAAGACCAUCAAGGAGCACCUGGGCGGCAAGAGCCCCGGCCCCCCGGGGAGCCUCGCGGACAGCCUGCCCCCGAAGGUCCCCCAGCGCGAGGCCUCGCUCGGCCCCCCGGGGGCGUCCCUGUCCCAGAACGGGCUGAGCAAGCGGCUGGAGAUGCACCACUCCUCCUCCUACGGCCUCGACUACAAGAGGAGCUACCCCACGAACUCGCUCACGCGCAGCCACCAGGCCGCCACCCUCAAAAGGAACAAUACUAACUCCUCCAACUCCUCCCACCUGUCCCGGAACCCGAGCUUCGGCCGGGGGGACAACCCGCCCCCCGCCCCGCAGAGGGUGGACUCCAUCCAGGGCCAGCCCGGGGGCACCGUGGCCAGGCAGCCCAGCCUCGGCGCCUACAGCUCGCUGAGCAGGCCGGGGCUGAAGCGCACGCCCUCGCUGAAGCCUGACGUGCCCCCCAAACCCUCCCUCGCCCCCCUCGCCGCACCCAUGAAGCCCAGUGACGCGUGUACAUAAUCCCGGGGGGAGGGGUCAGGAGUCCAACCAGCAGGCCCCGGAGGCGCCCCCAGCCGCCGCCGGGAGGUCGCGGCGAUCGGAGGCCGCAGGGCCCGCCUCCCGGGGACACGGGUACUCAGAGAGCCGGGCCCGUGGCUUGGUGGUGAAGGUUUGCCACGGCGGGACUCGCCUCCAUCCUCCUCCUCCUCGGCUCUCCCCCACGCCCUGCAGCAGGUGCGACCCACAAAGGACGCUGUCAUCACAAACAUGAGCCAAAAGCACACAUCCACCCAUGCCCCGUGCACACCACACACACACACACACACACACGAACAGCAACUGCAGACUUGUCUGUGACUGCACGGGCAAAACACAGAUACAUUUUUUUUUAAUCAUGAAAAUCAAAAAAAAGACAAAAAAAAUAGAACUCCUUGAUGAUUCUAACUCAGACUUUAACCCUGGCAGAAGCCCCCUCCGCGCAUACUGUGAACGCCCGCCAGUGUUACAGCGCUCUUAGCUAAGUGCCGUGCCGGGCGCUGAUGUCCUAGUUCUCUGCUCUCUCUAAUGAAAUAACGUGACCGUUAACGCAAGUAACUAUUUAUUGUUCGCCCGUUUACUUGUUUCCUUAAGGAAAGGACUCUUCCACAUAUCACCUAUGAACAGCUCUUCUGAAGCCCAGUGAAAGUUAAACUAUUUAACGUGAAAUCCAUUAACUGGAAUAAUUGAGUUUCUUUAUUUUUACAAUAAAUCACUGAGUAAAUACGUUGGAGCUGGAA